ACGAAAGCAACCGAGGCGCGCCCGACUUUUGUAAGUGCAAUUGAAUUCAAUUGAAUUGCCACGAAUAUUUCAAGACAAUAUCUCGCACGCUUGCACGUUUCGCGCGUUCACGGUCUUCGCGCAAAUUACUCUACCCACGAUCAUAUCGCAAUCUAAAUAAAAACUAAUAAAAACUUUUUUGUUUCCAGUGAAAAUCCAUUACAAGCGGAUAUGAUCAAUCUAAACGAUGAUGAAGCCCUAGCCUCGUCACAUUUUGAUUUCUACAAACCCACCGUGUUCUUUUUUCAUGCGUUUUUUGAGAGUUCAACAAGUGAUUCCGCCACUUUAAUUAAAACAGCUUACUUGCAACGCAAGGACUACAAUGUCAUCCUGCUGCAAGCACAGCGAAUGGAAGCGGGUCCUUGGUACCUGACUGCGGCGCGUAAUACUCGCGUGGUGGGCGAGUACACAGCUACAUUCAUCGAUUAUCUUGUCAGUCGCGGCAUGGAUUUGAAUUCUGUGCAUUUGAUUGGGCUAUCGCUUGGGGCCCAAAUGGCGGGAGUAUGCGGGCAGAAUGUGAAAAGCGGGCGUAUACAACGUAUUACUGGUUUGGAUCCUGCUGGUCCAUUGUUUACAAAAUGGCCGAAAAGUUUGAAACUAGACGCUGGGGAUGCUGAAUUUGUUGAUAUUAUUCACACGGAUGCUGGGAUAUUUGGUUAUCCACGUUCAAUCGGCCAUGUUGACUUCUGGCCCAAUCGGGGACAAUCACCCCAACCUGGAUGUCGUCUCGAAGAGGUCAAAAGACGCUCCCCGGAUGCUUUUCUUAUUGAACCACUUUUCUGUAGUCAUUGGCGUUCGUACCAAUUCUACGCGGAGUCAGUUAUAACUCCCGACAGUUUCCUUGCGGUGAAUUGCAAGAAUUGGGGACGAUUCCUACGCGGUGACUGCAAAGACAACCAGCAGGUUAAUAUGGGUAUUAAUGUGCCACCAGAUGCUCGCGGUAGCUACUUCCUGCAAACACGUGACGUAUCGCCAUUUUCUUUGCAAUCGGAAGUUCCUCAACGUCAGCUGCAACAAUACGCUAUACCACAUCAGCAACAGCAACUAGAACAUCAAGAAAAUGUAAAACAACAUGAAAAUCAGGUUCAAGUGUAUCUUCCACCACAACAAUAUGAACAACAAGUUGUUGUACAAGAAGCUCCUGUCAGUUAUGAACAACAUGAACAAUACCAACAGCCACAACAUCAGCAACUAGAACAGCAACAACUACAACAUCAACAACCACAAAUAAUUGAAAAUUAUGUUCACGUGCAACAAAAUGAUCAAAAUCAACAUCUUCAACAACAACAACACCAACAGCAACAACCUCUACAACAUCCUAUGCUAAAUUUCUACUAUUAUCAGAACUAAUCAAACUUAAUUCUGAUUUGUUUCUUACACCUCGCAAUCACAGAAUUACUUCCUAUUCUCCGCAACGAGAAAAUGUUCUAACCUAUUUUUUAUUUACAAUUAACCUCAAAUACUUAACUAUGUACAUUAAAAUCCAACUAUUCUAACUAUUUUAUAGCAAAUAAUUAAUGCAAGUCGCUAGUCGUUGUUCUAUACUCAAUAAAUUUUAUACAACAAAAUAAA